CAAAACACCGUCUCCUUCAACGUGUCUGUCCCACACAUUUUGGUUAUGCAUGGAUGAAAGCAUCAGACAAACACACAAACACAAACUUGAUGACAAUGAAGAAGAAAGCAGACGGUGACGGCGCGUGUCGUGUUUUGUCUCACGAGGUUGUUGUUGUGUUUUUGCGCUCGUGUCAGCGAGAUCUGCAAACUGUGUUGAUCCGGCGAUUAAACGCACACAAAGGCGUCCGUCACAACAUGGGGUGCGCGCGCAGGGCCACGUGCACGUGUCGGGAGCCUAUAUGUCACGGUCACGCACGCAUCCAGGCACAAUGUGCAUGAAUCUGGUCAGCAUGAGGCGUGCACGGCUGCUCUUCGUCUGCGUGACCAUCGUCCUCUGCGCACAUGCUGAGGACAAAUCCAGCAUUUCCAGGAGGCCAUCCUGCAGCGGGACCAGUGUGACCCGGGCGUGCCCCCUCAACUAUUCGCCAGUGUGCGGCAGCGAUGGCGCCACGUAUCCAAACGAAUGCUCUCUGUGUGUUCACAAACUGGAGAAGAACUUGGACAUUGUGAUUGUGAAGGACGGCCCCUGCUGAUGACAUCACACCAUCAUCAUAUGUCAUCAUUUUUCAUUGUUUGUGUUCAAUGUAUCUUUCAUGGCGUGACUGAAAAAUAAAGUGUUUUUUAAUGUUUGAA